UAACCGAAAACAUGUCCUCCAAUUUAUUUAUUAUCCUCACAGUCAUCUUUUGUCUGUCAUGUGUAUUGAGCCAGCAACACAAGUGGCCCGUUGAGCAUCGGCGAGUCCCUCAUCGAUCCCCGGCAGACCCGAGAUGUCAAACACCCAACCCUCCAUUCUGCGUGAAUGGUAUCAGUAUGCCGACGUUUUCCGAUGAUGACCGAGUGGAGUUGUUUCACAUGUAUGCCGAUUUGACGCCAAACAUGCAUCUACCAGACUUUCCGAAGCACGUGGCCAUAGGUUUCUGGAACGUCAACACCAACACCAACUACACCUUUGACUGGUACGGGGUGUACCUCAUCAGUCAAUGUUCUUUUGCCAGUGUCCUCACCGACGACAGUCUUCUCUGGUGCAAUCAAGGCGCCGUCUGUGUGACGGAUGGAAUCAAAGACAAGUUCCUGCCCGAGAACAAAGGACAGAUGUCUCCCAUGGCAACCAUGACAGGGUCCCAGUUUAACCAGUAUACUGACUGGAUCGAGCAUGAAAAUGAUACGAACAUUGAGUGUGGUGGCAGCAAUGUUCUUGAUACUGCAGGUUCAACUUUCUGGUUUCUUUCCAACGACUGCGGCAGUUUUAUAAACAGAUCUUACCAAGCAUUGUCGGAUAUCGGAGUCACUUUCAACACGGGCGCUAAGGCAGACUACACCAUGAUGGUAAGCCAUGGACCAGAACCGACAUUUCUCGGGAAAUCUUCGGUAAUCUUCGGCUCAGGACGGGACGACUCGUUGGCCAAGAACAUCACUAACUUCUACCGCCAGUUUAACAACACAUUCGGUGGACACAAUUCAGCGAAAAAUAAUCAUAUUGCGCAGGAGUAUGCUGCGACGCACGGCGGUUUAUAUGUUCAUAUGAACACUGAAUAUUGGUUUGCACCUCUUGUUGAACCGUAUCUAAGCAUUGUACAAUUAACUAUCGAUUUGCCCUAAUGUGACCGCCUCCGUGGUUUAGUGGGUAGAGCGCUUGCCUGGAGAGAGGAAGGUCGGUGGUUCGAUCCCCGACUGCGUCCUAUCAAAAGACGUUUAAAUAUGGUACUUGUUUUUUCCCUGCCUGGUGCUCGGCAUUAAGGGGCUAAAACAAGGAUUCGGAGUCAGUAUACUGUGUCUGAGAGGGGUACCCAUGUUAAACUGCGGCAUGGUAUCUCAGUUCGUUAGAACUAUCAAACCCGAAUUUGUGAAGCAUAACAGUGGCUUUGACCUCUUACUAUCCCGUAGAAUACAACAUGUGUUGUGUGUUAAAGUGUACUGUGGGGUAUUUAUGGUGUAUUAGGUGGAUAGGUGUGCCGAAAUUAUCGAUCUCGGGUAAUCGACUGCUGUGUCUCAGAAUAUAAGUUAACUUAAUUUUGGGGGCGGGCGUUUGUGUGCGUGUGGUUUGUAUUAGGUUUGUUUUGGGUUUUGGGAGGUGCAGUAAUUUAGUGUUAUUCUUUAUGCUUCUCAUCAUCUUCUGUGAUAAUA